GAAGGCUUCCACGAAUCCGGAAUCUCGUUGUCUGUAUGCAGUAAUUUGGCCGGGGGUGGUCGAGGGCAGCCUGAGUUGAGAGAAGUUAGAUAGACAUGAACGCACAAUUAAAACAAUAAAUCAAUUUAAUGUCGAGUCUUUCAGCCAGUAAAAAGCCUAGCAAAGGAACUUUGAGUCGGUUUGACUGUUUCUUCGUGAGCUAAUGGAUUUAUGAAAACGACGAAAGGAUCUUCUAUCGCUUCUAAAAUCUCUUGAAGUGGGGAAUAUUGCGCACACCUAAUCACAUUUUAUAGUAGCCGAUGUAGUCAUAUCCUACAUUUUUUUUUCUUUCUACGUUUUUACCUUGUACAUUUGGAGGUCUGGGAUUGGGGCAGACCUCUCCAUGGAGGAAGCUUUCUUUUGAUGCUUUGCGCAUUGUUUUCUUUUCUUUUUGGCAAGUUGGGUAAACGUGGGAAAAGUAUAAUAUAUUGUAAAAGUUUCCUCGUUUAUUACCACAUAUUUACGGGUUAAAAUAAACUACGUUGGCUAUUCAAGCUUUAAAAAAAAAAUUCAACAUCAAAUCUCGGAGUCCAACAUUUUUCUACGCUGGCAGUUUCGUCGCCCCUCGAGGUUUUUGUCAAAAAGUUUGGCACAGUGAAUGGCUCAGUGCUGAUGCCCCAGAGGUCCGGAUGGAGUUCCAGUCACAGAGUAGUCAACAGCUGUAGCACACCCCACAGGAUGUUGGCGGUACAGAGUAUGCUGGUGGUUCUGGCCUUUCUUGCCCAGAUUUUACUCUCCCAGGCCCGACCUGCCAUCCCAGAUGAAGUCGUCCCUGCACCACCUGUGAAAAUCCAAGCGGAGCUUUACACCCUGUACCCUGGAGACCGACUGGAGCUGAAAUGUAACACUGAGUCAGUCAACUGGACCAAGGACGACGCAUUGGUGGUGGAUGGGGAGCACACACGUUUACGAGACGGCCAACUGGAGAUCGAGGGGGUGGAGCCGGCUGACUCGGGCCUGUACACCUGCGUCGCCUUUGGCAACCACAGCUCCUACUUCUCUGUCAAUGUUACAGUUGAUAUCCUGGCAUCCUCUGAAGAUGAAGAAGAGGAGGAUGAGUCUUCCUCAGAGGAGGCAAAGCUGUCUAGCAGUCAAAAGCUUUUGCCGAUGGCCCCUCAGUGGGCUCAGCCAGAGAAGAUGGAAAAAAAGUUGCAUGCUGUCCCAGCCAGUAAGACGGUCAAGUUCCGCUGCCAGGCCAGUGGGAACCCUACCCCAACACUCAAGUGGUUCAAGAACGGCAAGGAGUUCAAGAGGGAUCAGCGCAUCGGGGGCUUCAAGGUUCGAGAACACAUGUGGACCAUCAUCAUGGAGUCUGUAGUGCCAUCCGACAAGGGAAACUACACCUGUGUAGUAGAAAACCAACAUGGAAGCAUUAACCACACUUACCAGCUGGAUGUUGUCGAGCGUUCCCCCCACAGACCCAUCCUGCAAGCCGGACUGCCAGCCAAUAACACUGCGGUGGUGGGCAGUGAUGUGGAGUUUGAGUGUAAGGUGUUCAGCGACCCCCAGCCUCACAUCCAGUGGCUGAAGCACAUCGAGGUCAAUGGAAGCCGCGUGGGCCCUGAUGGCUUACCCUACGUCCGUGUCCUCAAGACUGCUGGCCUUAACACCACGGACAAGGAGAUGGAAAUCCUCCAACUGAGGAAUGUGUCUUUUGAUGACGCUGGGGAGUAUACCUGCUUGGCGGGCAAUUCUAUCGGGUUAUCUCAUCACUCUGCAUGGUUGUCCGUUGUUAAAGCAGUCCCCCCUUCUCCACCACCCAACCAAACCUACCUGGAAGUGCUGAUCUACUGUGUGGGCUUCUUCCUCAUUGCUGUCAUGGUGGCCGUGGCCAUCAUCUUAAAGAUGCGCAGCUCGUCCAAGAAGAGUGACUUCAGCAGUCAGCUGGCUGUCCACAAGCUGGCUAAAAGCAUCCCACUGCGCAGACAGGUAACAGAAAGUAGAUAGGGGGUGUCAGUGGACUCUAGCUCCUCCCUCCACUCCGGGGUGAUGUUGGUGCGGCCCUCCCGCCUCUCAUCCAGUGGCUCUCCUAUGCUGUCUGGGGUGUCUGAAUACGAGUUGCCCCAGGACCCACGCUGGGAGCUACCCAGAGACCGACUGGUGCUGGGGAAACCCUUGGGAGAAGGCUGCUUUGGCCAGGUGGUGAUGGGAGAGGCUGUAGGGAUGGACAAAGAGAAGCCAAACAGGAUCACCAAAGUGGCCGUGAAGAUGCUCAAAUCUGAUGCUACAGAGAAAGACCUGUCAGAUCUGAUCUCUGAGAUGGAGAUGAUGAAGAUCAUUGGGAAGCACAAGAACAUCAUUAACCUGCUGGGAGCCUGUACCCAGGAUGGUCCUCUCUAUGUUAUUGUGGAGUAUGCCUCUAAGGGAAACCUCCGGGAGUACCUGAGAGCUCGGCGUCCACCAGGCAUGGAGUACUGCUACAACCCUGACCAGGUGCCCAUAGAGAACAUGUCUAUCAAAGACCUGGUGUCCUGUGCCUACCAGGUGGCUCGCGGCAUGGAGUACCUGUCCUCUAAGAAGUGUAUCCACAGAGACCUGGCAGCCCGCAACGUGCUGGUGACGGAGGACAAUGUGAUGAAGAUCGCAGACUUUGGCCUGGCCAGAGAUAUCCACCAUAUUGAUUACUAUAAGAAGACCACCAAUGGUCGUUUACCAGUCAAGUGGAUGGCCCCAGAAGCUCUAUUUGACCGGAUAUACACGCACCAAAGUGAUGUAUGGUCUUUCGGGGUGCUGCUCUGGGAGAUCUUCACCCUGGGGGGCUCGCCGUACCCGGGGGUUCCUGUGGAGGAAUUGUUCAAGCUGCUGAAGGAGGGCCACCGCAUGGACAAGCCCUCCACCUGCACCCAUGAACUAUACAUGAUGAUGAGGGACUGCUGGCAUGCUGUUCCCUCUCACCGGCCCACGUUCAAACAGCUGGUGGAAGACCUGGACCGCACCCUGGCCAUGACGUCCAACCAGGAGUACUUGGAGCUGUCUGUGCCUCUGGACCAGUAUUCCCCCAGCUACCCUGACACACGCAGCUCCACCUGCUCCUCGGGCGAGGACUCGGUCUUCUCCAACGAUGCUGGAGCUGAGGAGCCCUGCCUGCCAAAGUUCCCUCCCCACUCCAACGGGGUGGCCAUCAAGAAGCGCUGAUACCUCACUCCCCUCAAAUACCCUAUCAUUCCUUUUCCUGUGUUCUCCUCUGUACCACUGGCCUGGUAUGGAUAUUUCCCACCUUCCCAGAGACUAGGUAACACACCAGUGGAGAUUGUGACAGCGGCUUACUUCGGAAAUGUUUAAACCGACCAGUAGGGCAUCAAGAACUCAAGGCAGUUCGCUGGCUCGUGGUUGAGGUGGAAAUGUUUUCAGGGCACUUUGUAUUGUUGGGAUUUUCUUUCUGUUUGUGUCAAACAGUGCAGGAGAAAGAAACACUCACUAAUUUCUCUACUCUGAGCAUUCCACGGAACAAGGGAAGCAGACAGGACUGAAUUGAAAGGAUUAUGAAUUGGAUGGAUCGGAGUUAGAAUUAUGUCUGUUGUAUUUGUUCAUCAAUAAUAAAUGAAAGCAUUUUGCUUUUAAGACCAAUUCCAGAGAAUAUAUUACCAAGGGACAUUCAUACAUUGUAUACACUAUAUAUACAAAAGUAUGUGGGCAUGCUUUCAAAUUAGUGGAUUCGGCCAUUUCAUCCACAUCUGUUGCUGCCCGGUGUAUAAAAUCGAGCACACAGCCAUGCAAUCUCUGUAGACAAACAUCAGCAGUAGAAUGGCCUUACUGAAGAGCUCAGUGACUUUCAACGUGGCACCGUCAUAGGAUGCCACCUUUCCAACAAGUCAGUUUAUCAUAUUUCUGACCUGCUAGAGUGGACCGGUCAACUGCAAGUGCUGUUAUUGUGAAGUGGAAACGUCUAGGAGCAACAAACAGCUCGGUUGCGAAGUGGUAGGCCA